GCGAAGCAGUUCUGGCCAAGCCGGCAAAUGUGACGAAAGAAAACCGAGUGACGACGCGUGUUUGUGAAAAGCGAGUGAUCUUCGAACUCGGGCAGGCGAAACAAGACCCCUUCCACCAAACAUACCAAAGUUGUACACAUAACCGGGGGCUGCAUAUGAAGUAAUUAGAGGCCGCACUAAAAUCGCCCAUAAACGUCAAACGACAAACAAUUUCGCGGAAGAGGAACAACUGCAAGACAUUGCCUUCGACGUUUUCCAGGCAACAUGUUGUCGGCGGACGCCAGCAGCAGCAGCAACAGCAGCCGCGACGGCAGCAACAUCAACUGACAGCAGCAACACCAACAGACAGCAGCAACAUUCGAGCGUUCAGUCGCAAUUCUGACGAUUGCGUGACGCGUACGCAUCGCGGCAGUGAACGAGAUACAAUAUCUCACAGAUAGAAAAACGAAACUAUGACGAGGAUAAAGUUUUUGGUGCAAAGUAUAAAUUGAAUAUACAAACAAAAUACGUAACUAAGUGCGUGCCAACUCUGAGAAAUAUUUAAAAAUAAAUAAGAAAACAAACAAACUUAAGGAAUAAAAUUAAUUAGCAUAAUUUAGCAAGGCUUGGCCGAGGCAAGCAGACAUUCGUUUCGCACUUAAUUAGUGUCUAAAAGCGUUGACAAUGUGGCAGACACUAUCAACUCUUAGCACAUCACUCAGAGCAACACAAACAGCAGCAGCACCAGCAACAGCAGCAACGGCAACUUGCAACUGCAGUUGCAACUUGGAAAACGCGGAAAUGCAAAGUCACAUGUUGCCAUCAGCAGAGAUCGCGACAACAGCAGUGCGUAGGUGUUGCUGUCGCACAAAAAUCACCCGCAGCAACAGCAGCAGCACCAGCAGCAACAACAGUUGCAGCUACAGCGGCAACAUCCUGCAAUGGCUAUUGCUACUGUGCCUUCUCUGUGAUUUCGGCCAGGCGGCGCUGCGUGAUGUGAACCUGCUGGUGGAGCCUCCGGCGGUUCGGAGGGGUCAAUCGGUGGCCCUGCGGUGCGAUUACCAGCUGGAAGAGGCUCCUCUGUAUUCCAUUAAGUUCUACCGCGGCCAGAUGGAGUUCUACCGCUACACACCGGGCGAGUAUCCCCACACCAAGGUCUUUCAGUUCCCCGGCAUCCGAGUGGACGAGAACGGCUCGAAUGCCACCAUGGUGCUCAUCCGCAACGUUAGCUUCAGCCUGUCCGGACAAUUCAGCUGCGAGGUUACGGCGGAUGCACCGCUCUAUUCCACCGCCACCGCCUACGCCCAUAUGCAGGUUGUGGAAUUUCCGGAAAAGCGUCCCAGUCUUUUUACAGAACACACGCGUUAUGAGCCCGGCGAUGUUUUGCGGGCCAACUGCAGCACUCUGGGCUCGCGUCCUCGAGCUGACCUUCGUUUUACCAUCAACAAUAUACCCGUCGGCACGGAGGAAACGCAGUACAUUCGAUCGGUCGACAACCUGAUUGCAUCCCGGCUCAGUCUGAAGCUGCAGCUGCAGGCGAUUCACUUUGUGGCCGGCCUCAGUGGCCAUGGAAAUGGGAAUGGUAAUGGCAAUGGAAAUGGCAACGCAUUGCACCAGGGAGGCGGUGGCGGUGGGGGACUCGUCCUGCGAUGUACGGCGCAAAUUGGCGAUCUCUAUCAGGAGUACAAGGAAAUCGAGCUGGGCACACCGCAAAAGGAUCCGGUGCCGGCAAGAGUGACGCUGUCGUCGGGAACCGGACUCCGUGGCUUCUUGGAGACCUAUUUCGCAACAUCUUCGGCCCACAGCGACUGGCGGGGGUCGACGGGGGCGGUGGGCAUGGGCGUGGCCAUCUGCCUGGCCACCAUGUUAACCCAACUAAUUACUGGAAGCUAAAUCGGGGGUCAGUCGGCUGGAAUACGUGGACUUCGGUGGACUGGGAGGGACUUGGCGAGCGUGUGUAGGGCUUAUCGAACUGCGAUGGAAAUUAGGGGGCUCUCGGCCGUAAACUGCAUUAUUUAUCUAUAUCGAAUUCAAUUUAAAUUACACACACGCACACACACAGAGGCAGAUGAGAUGUCCAUGGGAUUCCCCGGUUAAGCUCACACAUCCACACGUAAACCCUAUGUAACUGUAAAUAUUUGCUUUAAUGAUGUGAACGGAUACACUUAAAUGAACUCGCACUCACACCCACGCGCUCACACACACACACACAGACACGCGACUAAUUGUUAAUUAAUGGAUUAUUUAAUGAUGCAUAAAAUAUUGGAUAAAAUAUUAAUGUUUCAUUUGCAUUUAGCUUCAACCCAAGCGAAUAUCAACUUAAUGUUUAAGUGGAGUAAAAAGUGUGAAUCGUUGAAACGAUUGAAAAAAGAACACAUAAAAUUGUAAACAACUGAUAUGCCAAUGUCAAGACAAAACCAAAAAAAAAAAAAAACAACAUUCAACCAGAAUAAACAAGCAGUAAUAAUCAA